UGCGCGCGCGGUGUGGGACUCCGCGCCGCCGCUCUGUGUGAAGCAGAAACUCGCUGUAUCUCCCCGGAUUCUCUCUGUUCACACUGUGGAUUCAGAUUUCUGUGCGGGAUGUGCUGUUCCUGUGAUCUGCUCCGCUGGGUUUAAUCAUGUUUAUGUGCUAAAUCAGAGUCCUGAAGAGAAGCGCUGAUAUGAACACUAUCGGAGUUUCAUUCCUGGACCCGCUGGAUGAUUAUGAGAUCCUUCACCGGAUCGGGAACGGAACUUACGGGGAUGUUUUUAAGGCGAGGAGUAUCAAGACCUCAGAGAUUGCUGCUAUUAAAAUCGUUAAACUGGAUCCCGGGGAUGAUAUCUCAUCUAUCCAGCAGGAGAUCACCACGAUGAAGGAGUGCAAGCAUAAGAACAUUGUGGCCUAUUAUGGCAGCUACCACAGGAACACAAAGCUGUGGAUCUGUAUGGAGUACUGUGGAGGAGGGUCAUUACAAGACAUCUACCACGUGACUGGACCCCUGAAGGAGAAACAGAUUGCUUAUAUCUGCAGGGAAACUCUGCAGGGUUUAAAUCAUCUCCACGAGACUGGCAAAAUUCACAGGGAUAUUAAGGGAGCGAACAUACUGCUCACUGAACGAGGAGACGUCAAACUGGCUGAUUUUGGGGUUGCUGCAGAGAUCAGUGCCUCUGUUGCCAAGAGGAAGUCUUUUAUUGGAACUCCCUACUGGAUGGCUCCUGAGGUUGCAGCCGUGGAGAAGAAGGGUGGUUAUAACCACUUGUGUGACAUCUGGGCCGUGGGCAUCACUGCUAUUGAGCUAGCAGAGCUGCAGCCACCCAUGUUUGAUCUUCAUCCCAUGAAAGCUCUGAUGUUGAUGUCCAAGAGCAGCUUCCAGCCUCCCAAACUGAAAGACAAAGCAAAAUGGUCUCCAGGCUUUCAUAGCUUUGUGAAGAUGUGUUUGACUAAGAGUCCACGAAAGAGACCCACAGCAGAAACACUUUUACAGCAUCCCUUUGUGACACAGUUACUGACCAGAAACCUGGUCAUUGAGCUGCUGGACAUGGCCAACAACCCAGAUCUGCACCAAGCACUUACGAUUGAGGACAAUGACCAGGAUGCAUACGAUGACACGCCAGAUAAGAUUCGGUCUAAGGGAAAGUGUUUACCAGUGGAGAGGAGUCUGUCUGAGGAACAGUUUGACCAGGUGAAGUUUGCCCCUCUGCGGAGGAAGGAGACAGACCCAUAUCCAGAUCUGGGCUCAUGUGAUGACUGGAGCGUUUCAGGGGAUGAACCAGAGUCGCCGAGUCUUCUGGAAUGUGUGGAAGAGGAGCUGCAGCAGAGGAGUCUGACAGUAAAAAGGGUUUCACCGUUUGAGUGGGGGAAGAGGAAAAGUGGGAUGUUCAGUGCUCCACCAGUCUCUGCCACUGCUUCACUUCCUCCCAUGAGCUCCUUCAGCUCUGCUCAGGAUGACAAAGACCAGACUCUGAGGCCCAGCACAACCUUGCGGCCUGACACUGCCCCACGGCCAAGCUCAGUUCUUAUUAGGUGCUCAGCCAGUCAGGAUGUGCGGCAGUGGUGCAGUGACCCUUGUGUUCCUGAGGGGGGCGAGGAUGAGCAGAAAACGCUGACCAGAACAACCAGCAAGGACAGUGCUCUCUCUCCUGAGUGGAGCACCAUGAGGAAGAAGGCAGAAGACUCGAGAGCUGAAUCUCACGGACUCCCUCCCACCCCCCAAGUCCAUAUGGGGGCCUGCUUUUCCAAAGUCUUCAAUGGCUGCCCACUAAAAAUCCAUUGUGCCGUGACGUGGGUUUAUCCAAAGACUAGAGAUCAGUUCCUGAUUUUAGGAGCAGAAGAGGGGGUCUACAUACUCAACUUAAACGAGCUUCAUGAGGACACUUUGGAAAAGUUGCUUCCGCAGAGAUGUACCUGGCUGUAUGUCAUGAACAACGUCCUUAUGUCUGUCUCUGGGAAAUCAUCUCAGCUUUACUCUCAUCGUUUGACAGCUCUGUUUGAGCAGCGCGGACACUUACAGAAGAAGCAGAGUCACUUAUCACUCAGCACCAACCGCUUCACUGAAAGAAUCAUUCACAGGAAGUUUGCAGUAUCACUGAAGAUCCCAGACACUAAAGGUUGUCGGAAGUGCAGUGUGGCUCGCAACCCGUACACUGACAGCACAUUCCUGUGUGCAGCUGUUCCCUCUGGCCUUGUGUUGCUGCUGUGGUAUGAACCCCUGCAGAAAUUCAUGCACCUUAAGCACAUACCCGUAAGCUUGCCUGACCCUCUACCCAUCUUUGAGCUGCUGGUUUUGGUGACAGAUGAGCUUCCUCAGCUCUGUGUUGGAGUGAGAGAAUGCAGGCUGGGAAACGAUGAACUUCAGACAGAGCAGCAGCUGGAGUUUGACAUCAUACAUCUGAACGGCACUCCGAAUUCUCAACCAGACACUGACUGUAUAAGAGCAGUACAAGUAACACAACUGGACAGAGAUACAGUUCUAAUUGCACUAGAAAAAACAGUGCAGAUUGUAAAUCUGCAGGGUGUCCCUAGCAAAGAGCUGGCCUCAGAACUGGACUUUGGAUUUCCUGUUGAGACUUUAGUUUGUUUACAGGACAGCGUUUUAGCCUUCUGGAAACACGGACUUAAAGGACGAAGUCUGCACAACUGCCAGGUAACACAAGAAAUCACAGAUGAAACUAGAGUGUUUCGGGUUUUAGGCACAAACAGAGACAUUGUUCUACAGAGCACCCCAACGGACAACCCUUCAUCCACCAGCAAUUUAUACAUUUUGACUGGUCAUGAGAGCAGCUACUGAUAGGAAACAACAGGAAGAGACUGAGCAAUUCUUAAAGAGGUCGAUUUAUACAUCUGGAGCAUUGUAAGGACAUCUAUUAAGACCUGCAGAUAAUACAGCUUAAGUUUUACCUGCCCCAUAACUAAUAAAGCUCCAUCCUUUGUGAGCAGUGGACACCUGGAAUUUAUUUUCUGGUACACAUUGGAAGAGUACACAAUGGAAAGACUGUAUGUCCUGGUUGUAAUAUAAUGUAUAUAUUCUACUUUAGUGACUGAACCUCAUCAGUGGAAACAUCCUUUGUAAUGAUACCUUCUCUUAACCAGAAUAAAGUUUGUCCU